CUUAAAAUCCACAUCGCUUCGGACAUUAGCUUAAAGUCUUUUCUCCUUCACCUACCAUUCUUCUAUCUCACUCACUCUGCCCUUUUUGUACCUCUCGACAGCGCCGGGGAGAGAGAGAGAGAGUGAAAUGACUUGGUCGGUCUUCAGAUCCAUAAACCCUCAAACUCUCGACAUCUCCGCCGCACUUCGCUCCUCCACUCGUAGCCCUUUGUUCGCCGCAGGUGCAGGCUGCGCAACAACACUCGCUGGUGUUUCUCUCUUCCGAAUGUCUUCUUCGAGAUCUCCUCCUCCUUUCGCUUCUCUCACUGUCUCAGCUUCUGCUGCUUCUGGUAAGAAGGAAGUGGUGGCUACAGAGAAAGCACCAGCUGCUUUGGGACCAUACUCUCAGGCCAUCAAAGCCAACAAUCUCGUUUUCGUCUCCGGUGUUCUUGGUCUUAUACCUGAGACUGGAAAGUUUGUUUCGGACGACGUUGAAGAUCAGACUGAGCAGGUCCUCAAGAACAUGGGGGAGAUACUGAAAGCUAGUGGUGUUGAUUACUCCUCCGUGGUGAAGACAACCAUCAUGCUUGCUGACUUAGCCGACUUCAAGAAAGUGAACGAGAUUUACGCCAAAUACUUCCCAGCUCCUUCUCCAGCAAGAUCCACAUAUCAAGUCGCAGCCUUGCCACUAAACGCCAAGAUUGAGAUUGAAUGUAUUGCAACACUCUAGAGCACCAUCAAAUCUCAUCCAGGAAGGGUUUAGAUUCGGAUAAUGUCAGAACAAAUAAGAGGAAACCAUGGUUUAGGUGGGAUUAUAAUAUCAACCAUUAGGUUGGUUGCAAACUACCUUAAUCAAGAAUAAAUGGUUUUGUUUUAGGACCUUCGUGUGCUGUUGACUUAAUAUGUAUUAAGUACAAUAUUUGAUUAGAAUUCCUUAAUGAUUUGAGGUUCA